CCUUGACACCUUCUUCUCCUUCUCCCGCGCUCACACCUGGCGAGAUCUCCUUCAGCGACACCUCCCGUGUCUGUCGUGGCCGCAUGAUCCUCAGCAGACUCUUGCGUCACUCAAUUGAACCCACCAGCACUUUUCAAUCACACCUCGAAUCCUUCAGAACCCUUCCAAGAUCUCCCUCGAACCACAGACGAUGGCCGACGCCCGCGCUCUUCUCAGGGCUCAUCGCUCCGAGAACAGGAUAAAACACCCACAAGCCGCAUACUCGGACGCUGGCAAGCUGCUGUGCAAGCUCUGUCACGAACACAUCAGAUCGGAAUCCCUCUGGGACGCCCACACCCGCAGUGCAAACCACCAGACCAAUCUCAAAGUCCUUCAACAACAGCAGCAGCAGCAGCAGCAAGCGGCACUGUCAAACGACUCAAACCCCUCCGCCAAGCGGAAACUCGACGAUGUCGAAGAUGAUGACGACAUGGACGAUGCCGCGGACAGCGACGAGGCUGCCGCAUCCCUCCGAGCAAAGCGUAGCAAGACCGGCCAGGACGGCAACGGCAGCACAGCGAGGCCACCGCCGACCCUAAACACAAACAACGCCAGCGCUGCCACCGGCGCGACCAGGGAGAAGACCAUCAGCCCUCCGAUAUUAGGCAGGAGGGCAUCCAACACGCCCGUCCAGGGGGUCGAGAUCGCGAUCCCCUCUCGGCCAGCAACGCCACUCGCCCGCUCCGACUCGGCCACGUCCACGCCCAACAUCACAAUCGCUGCCAGCAGCCGCUCGCCGCUGGCCAGCAUCGAGGAUCCCGCACCCGGCAGAGCCGGCGCGUCGGGCACAAAUAAUAAUAACAAUAGCCGUGGUCCCAUCUCCAUAGAGGCCCUGCAAAUACCAUCGCAUGUCUCCAGAGGAGUCUCGGUGUCCUCGACAGCAGUGCAGCCGCCGACGCCGCUGCCGGAAAGGAUAGCACCGGCGUCUGCGGCGGCAAUCCCCGCGGUGGACGAGUCUGAAUGGGCAGCCUUUGAGGCGGACAUCGCGUCCGCGGCUGCAGAUGACCGGCCAGCGUCGGCCAGCACCGCUCCCGCGCCUGUAGCAGCAGCAUCAUCAUUAUAUGCCGACGCCACGAUAUCCGCACCCGCCAUGACCAAAGCCGAGCUGGAGGCCAAGUCGCAGGAGGAGAUGAACGAGCAGCGGAAACAGCUGCUCGACGCGCAGAUCGCGGGUGAGAAGGAGGACGCGGCGCGGGCGCUGGAAGAGGAGUUUGACGAGAUGGAGGAGCUCGAGGGCCGCGUCAAGAGGCUCAAGGAGCGCAGGGAGCAGCUGCGCAAGGGCAGCCUGGCGAACAUCAAGGCAUCAGCAGCCGACGCGGCAGGAGAAGAGGUGCGGGUAAAUGGCAAGGCGGCCAUGACGCACGCCAUCGCCGAGGGCAAGGAGAAUGGCUCGGCCGCCAUGCAAGGCCCAGGUGCGGGCGAGGAUGAAGACGAGGAUGACGAAGACGAGGAGGAAGACGAGUGGGACGGGUUCCGCUUCCGUGCGUGAGGUCGAACUUUGCCCCAUACGGCGUGUAUAUAUCUCAAAAGCUCUUUCGACGGCGGGCAAAGAAGCUUCCUUUUUUGUAAUUCUAGCGCGCAUCUCUUUGUGCGCUUCGUCAGGGAACUGGAAAAAGGCGGCUCGAGCAAAGCCGUGACUUCAAGACCUUCUCCCAUAUUGGCAUAUAUAAAAUCAACAACAGCCUAUAGCGUGAUCCGUACGCCGGCUAGAACACUCCAGUGUUGGAGACCUU